AUGACAAAUAGCUACGAUCAUGAUAACAACAUAUUUUUUGAAGAGAAAAAGAAGAAAAGAAAAAGAAGCCUUUCUAUAAACUCAAACUACCCAAAUAAAAUUCAUAUAUCAAGAGAAAAUAAAAAAAAAAAGACAAAAAAGAAAAUAAUAAAAUUAGAGAAUGAAAAAAUUGAAGAUUAUUUUUUAAUAAAAAAGUUUUUACCCAUAUGUGAAGAAUUUUUAUUAAAAAAUGAAGACAAUGUGUUUUUCCAUUUUUUUAAAAAAAACAAAGAAAUGCUAAUGGAAAACAUAAAAAUGGUAAAUGGAAAUAUAAAUAAAUCAAACAGAGAAGCAAAAUAUAAUAAUCAAUCGUGUAAAGAAUUACAAGACAGUUAUCAUAAAAACAAAAAUAAUCCACAUGAUGUUGGUAGUUUAUAUGAUAAUAAUUAUUCAUAUGAAUCAAUGGAAAAUAUGUUAAAGGAAAAAAAAAAAAAAAAAACGAAAAAAGAAAAAAGUAGAAAAUUUAAUUUAUAUAAAAGUUAUAUAAAAUUUACAAAAAAGAAUUUAAAAGAAAUUGAAUUACCUUUUGAUCGAGCUGUUCUAUUAAAUGUAAUUGAUAAAAAAGACAAUACAAAAAAAAUAAUAAAAAUAAUAAAUAAACAAAAAGUAUUGAAUUCAUUUGGAGAAUCAUGGCAAUAUAUGAUGGAAUAUAUUAUAUCAUUAAAUGAACAUAAAAAUUUAAUGAAAAUAUUUAAUAUAUAUGAUGAUAAUAAAAAUUUUUAUAUUGUUAUGGAGAAAUUAUAUGGAAAAGAAUUAUUUAAUUUCUUAGUUUAUAAAAAACAAGUGAAAGAAAAUAUCUGUAAAUAUAUUAUAAGUCAAAUAUUACAAGCUGUCUAUUAUUUACAUAAUCAUAAUAUUAUUCAUAGAGAUAUUAAACCAGAAAAUCUUAUGUUUAGACAUAAAAAAACAAAACAUAAAGGUUAUAUGUAUAAUUAUGAACUUGUUUUAAUUGAUUAUGAUACAUGUCAUUUUAUAAAUAAUUCAGAACAAGCAUCUACAAAUAUUUUAAUGAACACAUUGGUUUCUUCAUAUGGAAUAACAAAUCAAAAUUGUAAUACUUACAAUAAUAAUCAUAAUCAUAAUAAUAAUAAUUAUGAUUAUUAUAAUACUUGUUCACAAAAUAAAUCUUAUCAACAUAGAAAUAUAAACACCCAUAAUAAUAAUAUUCAUCAUAAUAAUAAUCAAUUAUAUUCCAACACACAUGCAGCUACAGCAAAUUGCUUGCUAAAUCAUGUGGAUAAUAACCCAGCUAGCCAAAAAAAAAAAACAACAUCUGAAAAUAACAAAGAAUUGGAAAACGAAACAAAUAAAACACCAUAUGAAAAAUAUGAAGAAAAAAAAAUAUAUCCAAAACAAAAAAAUCCAAUUACAAAUAUAUAUUUAUAUAACCAAUCAAAAGACAUAACAAAAAGAAUAUGUUCAAAAAAUCAUCAAACUAAUGAAAUAAAAAAUACAAAUAAUGAUGAUCAAACAAAUAAUCAUAGAACAAGUAGUAAUAAGAAAUAUAUAAAAUUAGUGGGAACAUAUGGAUAUAUAGCUCCUGAAAUUAUUAAAGGUUUUAAUUAUUCUAUUUUAUCAGAUAUGUGGUCUAUAGGAAUUAUAUUCUAUAUUUUAAUGACUGGUAUUACUCCUUUACCUAUGUGUUUAAUGGUUAAUUAUAAAAAUACUAAAGAUAUAUUAUUAAAGAAAGAAAAAAAAGGCAUAAAUUUUAAUCUUUUAUCAUUCCAUAAUUAUCCAAUUGCAAAAGAUUUAUGUGAACAAUUCUUGCAGUUUGAUCCAAACAAAAGAAUAUCCAGCACAGUUUCUGCAGCUAAUCAUCCAUGGUUGAAGUAUUUCCUUAUAUUAAACAAAAAUAAAAAAAAAAAAAAAAAAAAAAAGAAAAAAAAAAAUUUCAUGUGCACCACUCGUUGGAUAUAUCAACACAGUGAAGACAAACAACAAAAAAAAGAAAAGAAGAAAAAGAGGAACAAACAAAAAAAUAAAAACAAAAAAAAUAAAAAUAUGGACAAUAAGACUUAUAGUUUUUGUUAUGAUCAAAUGGUGAAAGAGGUAGACCAUGAUAAAAGUGUAGAAAAUGUUAAUAAAAUGAAUAAUUUGAAUAAAAUGAAUAAUUUGAAUAAAAUGAAUAAUUUGAAUAAUAUGAAUAAUAUUUAUAAUAUGAACAAUUCAUAUAGUUUAUAUAACGAUAAUUAUUUUAAAUCUCGUAAUACUUGGCAUCAUGAAAUUAAUAAUCAACUAAAUGUUAUAAAUAAAUAUAUAUAUCCAUUUACAUGUACUAAUAAAAAUAUGAAAGAAAAUAAUACAUACAUCAAUACUUAUAAAAAUAAUACAUAUAUCAAUACUUAUAAAAAUAAUACAAAUUUAUUCUUACAUAAUAAUAACUAUUAUUAUAAUAAAAAUGAUGAACAUAUAAUUAAUAAUAAUAAUUCUAAACAUUUAAAUAUAUUUAAUAAAGACACAUAUGCAUAUCCUUCAUUUACAAUACAAGAACAUAAUAAAAAUAAAAACAACAAUAAUAAUAAUAAUAAUAAUAAUAAUUAUAAUAAUAAUAAUAAUUAUAAUAAUAAUAAUAAGAUGGAAGAAUCUUUACAUAAUAAUAUUAUCUAUCAAAAGAAUAAACAAAAAAAUAUAUAUAAUCAAUGUAUGGAAAAUAAUUCUAUUAUUAUAGAUGAAUAUCAAAAUAAUCUACAUAAUAAUAAUAAGCCAUCAUUUAUUCAAGAACAACAUAAAAUGUAUCCAAAUAAUUCUUCACAAAAAUAUUCUUUCAAAAAUUAUGAUGUUAAUAAUAAUUCUUCCUUAAAAGAAAAAAAAGUGAACACACAAAGUUUUCUUAAUACAACAAAAGAAAGUGAGAAAAUAAACGAUGAAGCCAAACAAAAUAAUAUUAUAUCUAGACAUUUUAAUCAUACCAAAAAAGAAAAUGAAACAGAACAAUGUAUGAAUGAUAUAAACAAAAGAGAUAUAAUACAACCUUUAAAAGAUAUAAACAUAAAUGUUAUAAAUUUUUUUGAUGAAUAUCAUCCAAGCAAUGGAAACAUUUUUAUCACUACAAAACAUCUGUCAGAAAAUACAUACAGCAAUGAAAAAUUUAUUGAAUUAUUUGAAAAUUUUGUACAAAAAAAAAAAAAAAAAAUUCUUUCUUUUCAUAACAAUUUUAAUGAAUUCCCUAUCAUAAAUAAUAAUAAUAAUAAUAAUAAUAAUAACAAUAUUGAGAUAAAUCAAAAUUAUAUUCAAGGGAAUUUACAUUUACAAAAUAUAAAAAAUGAUAUACAUUUAAUUAAUAAACAAUUAGAUAUAAAAAAAAAAAAAAAUGAAUAUCAAACAAAUCAUCAAAAUUAUGUAUAUCAAAAACAAACUAAUUUAUAUAAACCCAACAUUAUAGUCAAAACUGAAAAAGAAAAUGAAAGAAGAAAUGUAAGGGGAAAUGAAAAGAAUAAUGAAAAAGAAUAUAAAAUCCAAGAAAAUUAUAUCAACAACAUUCAACAUAAUAAUGACAACAUACAAAUUUAUAAGGACAAAAAGAUCAAUUUUAUGAAUACUAAUUCAGUUAAUAUGUAUCAUGAUAAUAUGUCCAAAAAUAUGAACAUUGAUAAUUAUUCUAUGUUUAAUAUGUAUGAGAAGGAACAAAAAGAAAUCAGAGAAAAAAUAUUGAAUGAUUCAACAAAUAAACAAAGGUAUAUAAACAAUAAUGAUAGUUAUGAUUAUAACAUUUGUAAUAAUAACACAAAUAAUCAUGAAGAUGAAUAUAAUACUUAUAAAAAAUUUUCUCAUACAACUCCAAAGAAAAGAUCUCAUUCACUUAUUCAACAAAAUGUUGAUGAGCAAUAUGAAGAGACACAAAUAUAUGAUAUAACAAAUGACAUACAUGAUAAUAAUAAUAAUAAUAAGAUGAAUAAUCAGUGUGCUUCUCAAAAUAAAGAAAUAAAUUCUAUAAAAGUAUAUUCAGACAAACCUAAUAAUCAUAGUAAUAUUUAUAAAAAUAGAACACAAAAUAAAGAUUCAACUAAUACUUUUUCUACAUACACAAAUAAUUUAUCAAGCUCAUUAAAACAUAUGAAUAAUACUUUAUUAUGUAAAAAAAAGAAAAAAGAAAAAAAUAAUAUAAUAUAUGAUAAUUUAAUUACUAUUACUGUAUCAUGUGAUUCUUCUAUAUAUAAUAAAAAUCAAAAUAACACUUACUCUUCAUAUCAAAAUAAUAUUAAUAAUCCAUAUAUGAAUCAAUCAAAUUAUUAUAUAGAAAAUAAAUUUCAAAAAACACUCAAUCCUUAUGAACUUGAUCAUAUUUCAAAAAACUUACCACACUUUUAUCAAUUACCGAAUCAACUUAAUAGUUGUGAAAUAAAUAAUAACAAAAUGAAAAGAAAAAAAAAUUGUAAUUCUCAAAAUAUUUAA